AUUUGUUUUUGAAAUUCUUAACAAGUGUUUUUAUUUUUUUGUGAAAAUUUUUUCCGGUUAUUUUAAAAUAAAGGAACGUUAAAGUGCCGGUGUUGGUGUGCAAAAGUGUCUAUGUGAAUGAAUGUUUGUUUGAGAAAGAAAAAUUCUUGAAAAAUUUUAUCUAAAAUAAAAUUUUCCGAAAAAAAUGAAUAAAAUACAAAAUUGCCGUUUUCAUCCAUAUUAUCAUCGUCGUAAUGAUUUAUUUAUUUAUAUUAUGAUUGUAAUCAUAUCGAUGAUUAUUAUUGUAUCGGCAGAACCACAAGAGAAAAAAGGUCUUUUUUCACAGAUGAAUAAUUGGUUUGCAAAAUUACGUGGUAAUAAAGAUCAAAAUAAUCAACAAAAUCAAGAUGAUCAGAAAAAAGAUGAUAAAAAAGAAGAACCAACAACAAUGCGGCCACAAAUACCAAUGGGACCAGCUGCAAUUUAUCCACCAAUGUUUGGUAUGGCAGCUGGACCUGGUUUUGGACCACCAAUUGGUGGUCCAGGAUCACCAUUUGCCGGUAUGGUUGCCGGUGCACCACCACCAAUGUUUCAUGGACCAAUGACAGCAAUGUCAACACAUCAAUUUGCAGCACAUCAUCAUCCACCACCACCACCAAGACAUUUGAUGCAUGUUGGUCCAUCACAUGGUUUUGGUCCAUUUAUUGGUCAUCAUGGUUCGGGUGGACCAAUAUAUUCACCAUAUUCACAACCAUCACAUCUUAUGCCUAUUCAUAAUGAUUUUGCUGAUACAUAUGGUUCAUUUGGUAGUCCAUAUUCAAAUGAACCAAAUGAUCCAACAGAAACAUUUGCCGGACCACCAGGUGCUGGUCCAAUGUUAGGCGGUGGUGGUGGUGGUGGUGGUCCACUUGGACCACAUCAUCACCAUCAUCAUCAUCAUCAUCAUCCUGGUUCGAAUGCAGAUUCAAUGAGUGAUUCGGCUCCUGGUUCAUCAAAUUAUGAUGAUCAAUAUAAUAAAUAAUGACAACAACAACAACAACAACAACA